CUGAGAAAGUGGUGACACCGCCGGGGUGCGGAGGGAGUCCCUGAAACUUCUCCCAACAGCCCCGGGGCCAAUCUCCCUUCAGCCCACUCCCUUCUUCGCCACCUCCCAGGUCCCCACUCCCUGCAUCGGGGGUGGGGUGGGGAGCCAGGCCCGUCUCCCGCUGGGACACACACAGGGGCCGGGAACGGGGACGGGACCCCCGAGGCGGGGGGGACGGACCGACCGACAGACAGACGGCCGUGCGCCCGCCCCAGCGGGCAGGCAGGCAGGAGGAGGCGGAGACGGGGAUACGACGGGGAGGACUGGGUCUGGGAGUUUCCUCUCAACUAUCGGGGGAGAAACUCCCCGCAGCCGGAGGAAAGACCCAGACGGUGUUUUCCUCCCGGGGGCCGCGCUCCCCCGCCCCGCGUAGCGGCGGUCGCCGCCACCGGCGCCUCCACCUCUACCAUCUCCUUUUUCUUUACCACCUCGGGCCCCGGUGUCCCUGGCCAGCACUAUGCCCAUCUUACUGUUCCUGAUAGACACGUCUGCCUCUAUGAACCAGCGCAGCCAUCUGGGCACCACCUACCUGGACACGGCCAAAGGCGCGGUAGAGACCUUCAUGAAGCUCCGUGCCCGGGAUCCUGCCAGCAGAGGAGACAGGUAUAUGCUGGUCACUUUCGAAGAGCCGCCCUAUGCUAUCAAGGCCGGAUGGAAAGAAAACCAUGCAACGUUUAUGAAUGAACUGAAAAACCUUCAGGCUGAAGGACUUACGACUCUUGGCCAAUCCCUAAGGACAGCUUUUGAUUUAUUAAAUUUAAAUAGAUUAGUAACUGGCAUAGACAACUAUGGGCAGGGAAGAAACCCCUUUUUCUUGGAGCCAGCAAUAAUUAUUACAAUUACUGAUGGGAGCAAGUUGACUACUACCAGUGGAGUCCAGGAUGAGCUCCAUUUACCUCUUAAUUCUCCUUUGCCUGGAAGUGAAUUGACCAAGGAACCUUUUCGUUGGGAUCAGAGACUCUUUGCAUUAGUGUUGCGGUUGCCUGGCACCAUGUCAGUAGAAUCAGAACAGUUGACAGGUGUGCCUUUAGAUGACUCUGCAAUCACACCAAUGUGUGAAGUGACAGGCGGUCGCUCAUACUCUGUAUGUUCUCCAAGAAUGCUUAAUCAGUGUCUGGAAUCCUUGGUGCAGAAAGUGCAAAGUGGAGUGGUAAUAAACUUUGAAAAAGCAGGACCAGAUCCUUCACCUGUAGAAGAUGGGCAGCCAGAUAUAUCAAGGCCUUUCGGAUCUCAGCCUUGGCAUAGCUGUCACAAACUCAUAUAUGUCAGGCCAAAUCCUAAAACUGGGGUUCCUAUAGGUCAUUGGCCUGUUCCAGAAUCUUUUUGGCCAGAUCAGAAUUCUCCAACACUACCACCUCGUACAUCUCAUCCUGUAGUGAAGUUUUCCUGUACAGACUGUGAACCAAUGGUUAUUGACAAAUUGCCUUUUGACAAAUACGAAUUGGAACCUUCACCACUGACUCAAUUUAUCCUAGAAAGGAAAUCUCCUCAAACAUGUUGGCAGGUAUAUGUGAGCAAUAGUGCUAAAUAUAGUGAACUUGGUCACCCGUUUGGUUACCUGAAAGCCAGUACAGCACUGAAUUGUGUCAACUUAUUUGUGAUGCCUUACAAUUACCCAGUCCUCCUUCCCCUUUUAGAUGACUUGUUUAAAGUACAUAAAGCAAAACCAACAUUGAAAUGGAGACAGUCAUUUGAAAGUUAUUUGAAGACAAUGCCUCCCUACUAUCUUGGGCCUCUGAGGAAAGCUGUUAGAAUGAUGGGAGCACCUAACCUCAUAGCAGACAGUAUGGAAUAUGGACUAAGUUACAGUGUCAUUUCAUAUCUCAAAAAAUUGAGUCAACAGGCCAAAAUAGAAUCUGAUCGAGUCAUUGGAUCUGUAGGCAAAAAAGUAGUACAGGAAACUGGAAUUAAAGUCCGAAGCCGGACACAUGGUUUAUCAAUGGCCUGUAGGAAAGAUUUUCAACAACUCCUCCAGGGAAUUUCAGAGGAUGUUCCUCAUAGACUGCUGGACCUGAACAUGAAAGAAUACACUGGGUUCCAAGUUGCUUUGCUCAAUAAGGAUUUAAAGCCACAGACAUUUAGAAAUGCAUAUGACAUACCAAGACGGAAUCUUUUGGAUCACUUAACAAGAAUGAGAUUUAAUCUUAUGAAGAGCACCCGCAGAUUUCUUAAAGGACAGGAUGAAGAUCAAGUACACAGUGUGCCUAUAGCACAAAUGGGGAAUUACCAGGAAUACCUCAAGCAAGUACCCUCUCCACUAAGAGAACUUGAUCCUGAUCAACCUCGAAGGUUGCAUACAUUUGGCAACCCCUUUAAGCUGGAUAAAAAGGGUAUGAUGAUAGAUGAAGCAGAUGAAUUUGUGGCUGGACCUCAAAAUAAACAUAAACGACCUGGAGAACCAAAUAUGCAAGGGAUCCCUAAAAGACGUCGCUGUAUGUCUCCACUGCUAAGAGGCAGACAACAGAAUCCAGUUGUGAACAAUCAUAUUGGAGGAAAAGGACCACCUAUACCUGUGACUCAAGCACAGCCAGACCUUAUUAAACCCCUUCCUCUUCAUAAAAUUUCAGAAGCAAGUAAUGAUUUGACAAUAGAUGAUGUGGUUGAAAAUCAUGUUGUUGACCAGCUUUCAUCAGAUAUUACACCAAAUGCUAUGGAUACCGAGUUUUCAACAUCAUCUUCUCCAGCCAAUUUACUGGAACGACCAACCAAUCAUACAGAGGCUCUUGGUCAUGAUCAUUUAGGAACUAAUGACCUCACUGUUGGUGGAUUUUUAGAAAAUCAUGAGGAGCCAAGAGAUAAAGUACAGUGCCCUGAAGAGAAUAUACCAGCAUCUUCACUCAACAAAGGAAAGAAAUUGAUUCAUUGCAGAAGCCACGAAGAAGUCAAUACUGAACUAAAAGCACAAAUUAUGAAAGAGAUUCGAAAGCCAGGAAGAAAAUAUGAAAGAAUCUUCACUUUACUGAAGCAUGUACAAGGCAGUUUACAAACAAGACUAAUAUUUUUACAAAAUGUCAUUAAAGAAGCAUCAAGGUUUAAAAAACGAAUGCUAAUAGAACAGCUGGAGAACUUCUUGGAUGAAAUUCAUCGAAGAGCCAAUCAGAUCAACCAUAUUAAUAGCAAUUAAAAGAAAACAGAAUGUGGCCACUUAUUUCACUAUAUCUUCUCCAAAUACAAAGUAAAUACAAGACUGUUGUGAUUUUGCAUUCAUUUUUUGACAUGCAUUGUUGGCUAUUUUAAAUACUAAGAGCAAGUCUACAGAUCCUUUCUCAUCAUUUUACAGUGACCUUUUCUUCAUUUUGGUUUAUUUUUGUAAUGUGAAAAGUAUCACUCUAAAAACAUUUUUAUUUAACAAACUAAAACUAUUCCUUCAAAUUUCUUGCUUGUCAUUGACUCUUGCGUGUCAAUUUCCCUCAGGUUCUAUUUUCUUAAACCAACCUUUAAAAUUGUCACCUCUCUUAAGGUUGAACUUUGCCAAAAAAAAAAUUAAAAAGAAGUUACUUUGUAAUUUUUGGGGAAAAAAGCACAUACAUUAAAACUAGGUAAUGUUUUGUAUAUACAGUUAUUUUGGAUAUAUUAUUGUAAGUUGUACAAAUGUAUUUUGAAGAAUAUUUAAGAAAAGCACUUUUGUUAUUCCAUCAAUAAAUGCUCUAUUUUACUCUUGUGUGGUUUAGGAAAUAAUCACAUUUAAAGAAACCAUUUAAAACCAUCUUAAGAUAAUGGAAUUUUAAAAGCUUUGCUUUUUAGCAUGGGAAAAAUACACCACUUGAAGUUCAUAUUUGUUAAACUUAACUGUAAUUACAUGGUACAUAAUAUGCAUUGUCUUUUUACUAUAUGUUCUUAGCUUGUGUUGGUCACACCAACGUACUCCCAUUUCUGCCUAGAGAAUGGAAACAACAAUAUCUAUAGCAGAUGGCAGAUACUUUAAAAGCUGUUUAAAGCAGACAUCUUUGGACAUUAUUGAUUUUCUUACUUCCCUUCAACCCCUUUUUUUCUCUCACUAGGAUUGUGGAUGGCUCAGAGUUGAAACAGUUAGUUAGGAAAUUAUAAGUUAGGGGCACAUCACAUACUCUGAAAUAUCUAGUCUUUAGCAGCUUGACGCCAUGCUUACAAAAGUCCCAUAACAAAUUGGGGGUUCAAGAGGGGAUCUCUUCUGCUCUGCUAUUCUCCCACGUAAACUCUCCAUUUUAUUUAGAAGCUAAAUGGGGGGGGUCUCUUUGUUCUGCUCUGCUGUUCUCACACGUAAACUCUCCAUUUUAUUUAGAAGCUAAAUGGAGGGAACACACAUUUAAGAUGACUUUACUCAUUUUGCAUUACCCCUGAUUAUCUGGGACAAGGGAUAACAAACGCUAUUCAUUGUCCAUCUUCAGUAAAGUGGCCUCGUGUGUCCUUACUGAGGACAUGACCCUAUGACCUGACUCACCACUCAUAUAUAUCACUGCUGUGCCUUGUAGUGCUUUUGGAGUAACCAGUAGAAAAAGGUUAAAAUGUGUUUAGAUUAAGUGGGUGAAAUAAAUUUAUAAAAUUAUAGUAAAAUUGAAGUAUUUUUAGGUUCAUAACAUUUGAAAAUUACAUACCCUUUUUACACUUUGGCAGAACACUUUUUAAAUUUCAGAGGUAUAGCAUAAUGAAAUUGUAACUUUUUAUGAAGAAAAGCAUAGAUGAAAGUGGAGAACAUGUUUGAGAUCUGUUAAUUUUUUAGUCUAGGGGAGUUGAAACUUUCCCAGUACUGAAGAUAAACCCUGUCAAGAAAAAGAAGCAUGUAUAAUGUUAUAUAGUAUUUUCAUAUGAAAUUCUUUAAACCUUUUUUACCUCUACCAAAUACCUUUAAGUAAAGCAGGAUAUAAUUUAAUAGAUGGAAUUGUUAAGGUAAUUCUAUAAUCACAUUGCUAAAUUCAGCAAGAGCUACACAAAAUCCAGAAUAUAUUUUCUGGUCUUAAAUUAUAUAUAUUUAGAUUCUGAGAUUAAUGGAAGGGAUUACAUGCAAGUCAUUCAGAUAAAAGUUCAUGCUUAAGAAUAUUGAGGAAAGGGAUUGAGUCUAUUCCAAUAUUUAGUAUCCUUAUCAAAAAACUAAUUUCCAUUUCAAAGGCUGCUGAUGAGGUAAUAGUCCUUUAGACCCUUGACCUUUAAUCUCUUGGGGGGAUGGACCCUAGAGGGAGUUGGGAAGAAGCAGUUUGUUCAAUCUCUUCUUUGUCAAUCUGUCACCAUACUCUACACGCUUAUUCUAAAACUAGUCACAAGGUUUGAAGCUCAAGCUUAAUAUUCCAUCUCCAUCAAGUUUUCUACAUUUUAAGAAACUGGGCAUAUUAUUAGUUCAAUUAGUGAAAUACUGUAGAAUUCUUGUAAGUGAAAGAGGAAGGGAAGUAUAUUUGAGGGAAAUAAGUCUUUUAGGCCCUUUAGAUCACUGGAUGACUCUAGGCUGGACAAAUGAUAUUUUUCAACAGUUAAAUCUUUCUUAAUGGUCUCAUAUGUGCCCCAUUUGUCAAUUGAUGAGUCAUUAUUUGCCCUUUUUAGUAGGAUUGAUCAGUUUGGUGUACUGAAGCCUGAGACUAGUUUUUAUCUCUUCAAUACCUGUCACCAGAAGAGUGUCCACUUUGCCGUGUGUUAUGUGGGCAAGAACCUCCCAGAAAGAGAGAGAAAUUAAUUCACAGGGACUGUAGAUGUACGGCAGAUUGUGGCACUGGUUUUGGAUUUAGCCUUACAUUUUCAUUCUGUUUACUAAGGCAGUUCUAAAAACUAUCAUUGAGAUAGUGGUGUGUCCUUUACUACUACAAAGAUUUUACAGUCAUUUUUAUGCACUUGAAUUCCAAAAAGAAAUUGUUCUCUUGACUGUCAUCAACCUUUAUUGGCUAUCAGCUUUUGACAAUGACCUUUCUGUUCCGAUUUAGUCUCCUGUCUCUCUGGGGAAGUGGAACCUGUCAUUUUUUUCAUCUUUCAUUUUUAACAUGUAUCCUUUCUAAGACAGGGCUCUCUGUUGCCUGUUCUGAGUGGUAUGUGACAUUUUCAUCUAAUAUGUGUGGGGUUGGGAUGAUUACUAGCAGGACAUAUUCUAUUGAUGGACCUUUUCUCCCCAAAUAAUCCCAAAGUAGAUUACCUAGUGAAUGAUCAUUUUUAUCCUUUUUGUCACAAAAGUUUUCCUUUGAUUUCUAGCACAAGUUACAGCAGUUUGCAAAUGAUUCUCAGAUAAAAUGAUGUUGACAGUAUUUCCUUAACAAUUUGUGUAAAGCCUAUGCAUAAUUUUCAUUCUAACUUUUGACUUUUUUCUCUCCAUAAAUAAAAAUAAUGUCUGAUGUUUA